AUGCAGUUUCGAACUAUGAUUUUCGGUCUUGCCCUUGUGACCCAAGGCCUUGCUUCCCCAACACUGCUUGAGCACUCUUUAGUGCCACGGGACUGUUAUGGCAACAAGUGGGGAUGCUCAAGUUCAUUGUCUGGUUUGACUGAGGGCGACUGCGACCAGGCAGCCGACCGUCUGAUUGACGACUACGAUUACCGCACAAAUGGCCCUGAUGGUCGCGCAGGAACGGGCAAUUCAUCCGAUCCACUCGGUUUUGGCGGCGCAUGCGGUGUAUUUGUGAGCGAUGCGAAAAAAGGUACUGAAUGUAUCUUGAAGGGCUACUUGGUAAAACGAGCGCGCCAGCAGAUGAAGGACAAUAAGUGUGGAGUAUGUGGUGAGGUCAAUUGGAACGACGACUGUGACGUGAAGUCAGACUAUGUAGCUCCACACUGA